AUGGAAAUGGAAAUGCAGCAGAUAAUGGAACUCCUGCUAGCCAUGCGAGAAGAUAGAAAAGCUGACGAGGCCAAGGCGGAAGCCAGACACAAAGAGCUGAUGGCCGAUUGGAAAGCCUGGGGGGAAGAGAGGAGAACCACCCACGAGAAGAUUGAGCCCCACCCAGAAGCGAUGCAGUCCGUACUGGAGCAUCGAGAAGUCCCCAUGACAUCAACUAGAAAACGAAUAUACCAGGAAGAGUUCCUCAAUUAUGGGUUUACACAAAUAGAAGACAAAGGAAUAAUGAAACCACAGUGUGUUGACUGUUUGAAAGUACUGACUGCAGAAUCUUUCAAAAAGAGUCAAUCGAAGAAACACUUGAAUAAUUUGCACCCACACCUGUCCUCCAAACCGCAGGAAUACCUUGUAAAUUUGGAAAUGUCUGUCAAAAAACAAAGACUGAACAGCAACUUGAGAAGUACAUUCGAUCAAUGUUCAGCAUCAAAGGCCGGCUUUGAAGUGGCCUGGUUGAUUGCCCAAAAGAAGAAACCACAUACUAUUGCAGAAGAUGUGAGGGAACAAGUUAUUUCUGCAACAAAAGAGAGUAAAUGCUUUGCUAUUCAGCUUGAUGAAACUACAGAUGUCAGUAGUAAUUCGCAGCUGAUGGUGUAUGUUCGCUACAAAGGUUUAAAUGCAAUUGAAGAGGAGUUGUUGUUUUGUUCUCCCCUUGAGUUGCAAUCUCGUGGAAUUGAUGUCUUCAAUAAAAUUAAUGAAUACUUUAAUAAUGCUAAUUUAAAGUGGGAAGACUGCAUUGCUUUGUCUGUUGAUGGAGCUCCAGCUAUGUUGGGUCAUGUUAGUGGUUUUUUGGCUUUGGUGAGAGAGAAAAAUCCAAAAAUUGAGGUUAACCACUGUAUGGUCCAUCGCCAGGCACUGUUUGUGAAACGUUUGGAACCUGCACUGGAAGCCAUCAUGCAUGAUGUUAUCAACGUUGUCAAUGUCGUCAAAGGACAUGCACUAAACACGCGACUAUUUCGUGAAUUAUGUACAGAUGGGGAGGCCGAAUAUACAGACCUACUUUAUCAUACAGAAGUGAGGUGGCUGUCACGUGGAAAUGUUCUGAACCGAGUGUGGGUUCUCAAAACUAACUUGAAAUUUUUAUGGUUGAUCAAAAGCAUGUUCUCGCAGAUAAGUUUACAAACUCCUCGUGGGUUGCACAUCUCGCAUAUUUAG